GCAAAUAAUUGAGGAGGGAGUGAGGGAGGAGCCUCCACCAUCCCACGCGUCGGGCGCUCCGUGGCCAGCGGCCGCAGCUUCCCUUUCGGGCUUGGGACGGAGCUCACUGCACGCUGCCCCCUCCCCAGGCAGCACCCGAGGCCGGCGGCGGCGGCGACGGCGGCGGCGAUCUGUCCACUCCACCCAUGGACACGGACGAGUUCUUCAACCCAGGCUGCGCCGGGACGGCCGGCGACGGCUGCGACUGCGGGGACUGCGAGGAGCGGAGGCACGACCACGGCCGCACCAAGCACUUCGUCCUCUUCACCUCCGACAACAAAGAUUUUCUGUGCAUACCGUGGGAGGUCACAAGACAGCUGAGAAAUAUGAUCGCCCACUCUGAGCCUAUCAAACUUGAAACUCCUGAUGGCCAUGUGUACAGUGUUGAAUUCGUCAAGUUCGGCCUGAUAACUCUUACGACUGGGUGGCGGCACUUCGUGGAUGCUAAUCAUAUACGACAAGGUGACCCCAUCACGUUCGUCUACUGUGGGCGCUCCACGUUCAAGGUCCACUUCAAGGGCACUUCAUCCGGUCACAAGAAUUCUCUGCCCUCUUCUCAACAGCCUCCCAACAUCUUUAGAGCCAUUCCUCCUCGUGAUCAUCACGUGCUGAAUGAACAAGUGGUGCCUGAUCCUGCACAUGUUCGGACGUCAACCGACUUUGGCUAUACCAUGUUCCCCGGGACCUGCCUAACCAAAGCACAAGAGAAGAAAGUGCUAGAGCUAGCUGAUAGCAGCAUGAGGUCUGAAAUUCCUCUGCAUGUGGCAGCUAUGAACAAAAGAAAUGCCAAUGAGGACUACUAUGUUUACAUACCAUUGGGGCUUUUGGACAAUUUCGAAGAGGGGAUAACUGCAACUACCAUUCAGCUCGAAGCCCAUGGCAACGGCAUGGUAUACUUUGUUGCCGCAAGCAAGCAACGUGACGAUCAAAUAAUCCUCGAAUCUGAGUUGAGUCAUUUUGUAGCUUCUCUCCGCAUACAAGACAAUGACCUCCUCGUCUUCAGAAGCAUGAGGAAAGAUCGCCUUGAAGUUUUUGUCCUUGACCCGAUCGGUUGUGAGAAAACUUGUUUUGCCAUGGGAAACUCUUCAAAUGCCCGAGAAGUGCGUGAAGAUCCGGUUGAGAUUGUUGAUCCACCCCAGCAUACUGUUAUUGAUUUGAGUUCUGAUGACGAUGAAGUCGUGGAAAAAGGCACGGCAACAUCAAGGGGGGAGCAGCGGCCACUACGAGGCUAUCGUGCAGAAGCUCAGAAGAUGGCUUCGACAUCCUCCCGUCGUACUAAGUCAGGACACAAAGCUGACAAGUCGAAGAAAGCCAGUCUAGAAGCUCCUAUGUCUAACAAGCCUUACAUAUCAACCAGUGGGACGAAGCUAACUAGGCGACAAGAGGAGAAAGUAGAGGAGAAAGUCCAGGCAAUUGGAUCUGAAUUCCCUGUGUUUGUGAAGGUGAUGAAUGAACGCGAUGUUUGGAGCCCAAAACGUCUGAGCUUCAGCCUGGAAUAUGCUUCGGCGUGUCGUCUCCCACUUGAACAAACACAUGUCAUACUUGGGCUGGAGGGUAGCAACAUGAAGUGGUCUAGCAGGAUGGUGGCCCAGAAACAUAAGGAUGUGAGGCAUAUUAGCUCAUUUUGGAAGGACCUUGUCUUGCUGGCCGGGAUGAAGGUAGGAGACAUCUGCCUCGUUGAACUGGCAGACAGGAGCAGCGAGAGCCUCACGAUGACGGUCCAUCUGAUCCGCAAGCUCUAGCUCUAGUUUGUGUGUGGUCUGUACUAUGAUGGCUUUUAACUCAGCUGUUGUAUGCAUUGCUUGAUGAUUGUUUUGAACAACCUGGUGUUAGUUUGGGUAAACACUGAACCCUUGACCCUCAUCUCCUGUAGUACUGCUGCUGCUGCUGAUCAGUUUUUCUUGCUGAAGAGAUGUUUCAUUUUAUUGCUGA